CUUCUGUAAACAUACGCUUAUUUUCUCUUCCGCAUAAUGCGGAAGUGUUGAAAUGUGAUUUGUAAUUUCCGCCUUAAAUGCGCACUUAAGAUAUGAAAACAAGAUGCUUCCGUCCGAAGACAGAAAAAUGCUAGAAUAAUAAAACGUCUUGAACAUUUACCAAUUGAACUACAAAGAAAUUUUACACUUAUGAGAGACUUGGAUGCGAGAGCACAAGGUUUGAUGAAAGACAUUGACAAGUUGGCUGAUGAUUACUUGAGAAAUACAAAGAAGGAGUCACCAGAGAAGAGAAAAGAACAGCAGGCUCAUAUUCAGAGUUUGUUUAAUAAGGCUAAGGAAUAUGGCGAUGACAAAGUGCAAUUAGCUAUUCAAACUUAUGAAUUGGUGGACAAGCACAUUAGACGACUAGAUUCAGAUCUGGCAAGAUUUGAAGCAGAGAUACAAGACAAGACAUUAAAUAGCAACAGAGCACAAGAGGAGAGCAAUGCCAGUAAGAAAGGUAGAAAGAAGCUCAAGGAGAAGGAAAAGAGGAGAAAGGGUGCAGUGAGCAGUGAGGAUGAAGCCAAAGCUGCGAGGAAAAAGCAGAAGAAAGGUGCCUCUGUAGCUUCUGCAUCAGCCACUGGUACUGUAGGUAGUGGUGCUCAAGUAGAUACUCGGCAUCCAGCUGAUGUCUUAGACAUGCCUGUUGAUCCUAAUGAACCGACUUACUGUCUCUGUCAUCAAGUAUCAUAUGGAGAAAUGAUUGGUUGUGAUAAUCCAGAUUGCCCCAUAGAGUGGUUCCACUUUGCUUGUGUAGGUUUAACCACGAAGCCUAAAGGAAAAUGGUAUUGUCCGAAGUGUACACAAGAUCGCAAAAAGAAGUAAUCUUUAGGAAUGUGUAAAUUUGCUCAUCAAUUCAUUUUUAAAGGAAAGACUAUUGUUACACUGUUUUUAACAUCAGUGAAUAACUUUUUUCACAUUAAAAAAUAAAAUUCAAUAAUUUUUGUAUAAAACAACAAUAGAAAAUUUGUGACGAAACUAUUAAAGAUAAUAGGACCGCAUCUUCAUUGCAUCUAAUACUGAUGAAAAGAUAUUUUUUUUCAUAUUUAGCACUAAAAUUGCAUCAUUGUCGUUAAUUGUUCCAAAAAUGAACUUUUUGCUUUAGUAUAUAAAAAUUAAUUAAUUCUAUUACAAAAUUAUAUUCAAUUCUAUUCAUCUUUUGUUAUCACGAUGUACCUAAUUGUAUUGUAGGUUUUUUAAUAUAAAAAAAAAACUAAAAAAUGUCUUGUUAAAUAUUAAUAUUA